AGACACUAUAUACGUGCUGGGAGGGUCACUCGUUGUGAGACCUGUAGUAAACCGAAUGACAAUGGUCACUAAGAACAUCGGAGGGUGUAGCAGGCUGUAGUCCAGUGAUCUUGAUGAGAAGACUAAGAAUCUAGUCUAAUAAUUACAUUUGUUUACUAGGUGACAUUCAUCAAAGGAGACUCGUGAUGGGCAGGGGACAACUGUCUUUCCGAGAAAGUCGGAAAAGGACCUUGACUGGGUGGGAGACUAAAUAAAACUAAAACCUAUCAACUGUCGUUUACAAGGAAGUUGAUAGUCCAGCUGGCUCAGAGAUACUAGUUCAAAUCCUUGGCUCUUCUUGAGUUUUAGACUUUUAUCUGAAACAGGUGGUCAGAGAUACAGAUGUGAGCUUCAACAUGAAGGCAUCUUGUACAGGUUUCUACAUCUUUUUUCUUCUACAGAAAGGAGUACUUUCCUUGUCCUGUGGAAUUUCCGACUUCAGUGAAAUUCUAAAAGAGACAGAACAUAGUAUCAUAAACAUCAGCUAUUCUGUCAAUGUUACUGAAGGCUUGGAGUUCACAGACAAAUUUAAUGCUGUUUAUGAGGUGUGUGAAAGGAAUUCCAUCAAAACUUGCUGCACCUUUAUUUGGAAUAAAGGCUUCAACAACAUGAUGGGCACGGACGUGAGUCAGAAGACAGGAGUCCUCUGUACUGGAAAACAACAAACAUCUAGCAACUCUGUGGUUACUCUGGAACUGCAGAUAUCUCAGUUGGUCAGUCGGUCACUGAGUGUGAUGAAACUGUCUACCAGUAGAAGUGGUUCACUCAAGAUCACAAGGAACAUAGGUGUCGAGGUCUCAUACCCGCCCAUGUAACAAGUCUGACUGUGGAUGGACAGGAAGUUGAUGGUGGCUAUGUCAUCAAUGACCGCCAGGUGGUCAACAUUUUCUGCUCAUUUGAUAAAGGAAACCCUCCUGCUAUUUUCCGUCUACUGGAUAAAAGUGGAGGCAGUUGAAGCUGGCCUACAGGGAAGAGAACCUCAAUCAUUCGCUCAAAGUCCAGUGUGAAGAUGACUGGCCGGUGGUCAGAUGUGAAGCUGCCGGUUCGAAACACAACAGAUCCGUGUUGUUCCUCGUCCGAUGUCCUCCUCAGUUUGUUGACACAUUCCAAAUGUAACUCACCACAACUCGUGUGAACACUGGCACUUUAACCUCAAGGCUCACAC